AUGCCCUUUUCUUCUAACUCUUUCGAUCGCUCGGAUAAACUAACCGGGGAUAAAGGCGAUGUCGUACGCCUCGGACCAAGUGAACUUUCCUUCUGCUCCCUCAGUGCCCACGACACCAUCUACAACACAAACAGUACUUCCUUCAUCACAUAUGGAUCUUUCCAGUCGGCUGUGGAGGGUCUCUGUCCACCGGGGGUUACCUUCGUCAGCCAUCACAGCCCGGCAGAGCAGAAAGAGUUGCGGAGAGUGUUUCAACCAGCCAUCCGUCUCGCAGUCGCGGGCGGUAUGGAGGCCCACCACGAGAGACGAUUCAACGAGCUUGUGGCCGGGUUGAACAUCAAACCUGGCGUGCCCAUAUGCGUUAAUCUCACUGGUCUUCUGGAGAAGUUGGAAUGGGACCUCAUAGGCGACUUGGGACUGGGAUAUUCCGUUCCAGACAGGCUGAAAGACAACUGGACCAGCCAGAAAGCUCACCAAAACCUGAUCGGGGUUGCCUUCGCGCUGGGUUCGUUCCUUCUGAGCCGGCGCGGACUCAAGGUGCUCGUCGAUAGCUUUGGUCCUUUCUGGAUACCAAAAUACCUUGACCCAGCGCACCUAUUUGAUGUUGCACUGAAGCAGCGAGCUGAAGGCAAGAGCACGUUCGUUUCCCAAGCAAUACCAUACAAGAACGAGAAGUACCCGUACUUGACCAAGCAGAUGUCUAGCAACGUGACUGGUCUGAUUUAUGCCGCUUUCGAAACAUCCGAGUCCUCCACCCGAGCAAUCCUAUGCGCUCUCAUGCGAGAUCCUGUGCGCUACCGCACUCUACAACAGGAGAUCCGGUCAAACUUCUCCGCCAGCAAGCCCAUCACCGACAGCCAACUCGUAGGGCUUCCGUACCUUACUGCCUGCAUAAACGAGGGACUGCGACUCUGGCCUGGACUGAACGGGCAAUUCACGAGCCGUGUUUCGACAGGCGCGGUUGUAGACGGGGUCUACGUUCCUCCUGGAUGCUUAGUCUCGGCGGACCUGUACACUCUUCAGCGCCACCCGAGGUAUUGGCACGACCCGGACAUCUUCAAGCCCGAACGCUGGUUGGACCCGAAAAACCCAGACGAAAUGCGCGCAUUCCGGCCGUUUUCCGCGGGGCCCCGCUCGUGCCCGGGCCGGCAGAUCGCGCUGCAGAAGCUUCGGCUCACGCUCGCCAAAUUCAUGUUCCUGUUCGAUAUGCAUUUUGUCAAUCCCCAUUUUGAGUGGGACCGAGAUGUGCCGUCUGGUCUUUUGUGGAGCUCGGUCGAGGUGAUGGUGCGGAUGACGCUUCUGGAACCGCCAGUGGAAGCAGUGGAAGCCGCGGAAGCCGUGGAAGCCUGA